AUGCAUAAGUUAUGUGGAAUAUGUGAAACCACAGUAAGUAAAUACUGCUGUCCACGAUGUGAAAUAUUUUACUGUUCACUUGAUUGUUACAAAUCAGAAAGACAUUUGGAAUGUUCUGAAAGCUUUUACCGAGAUUGUGUUAAUGAAGAACUCUCGUCUUGUAAUGUCGGUGACGAUGCGAAACGUAAAAUGCUUGACAUCCUUAAAAAAGUUCAGAAUGAAGAUGUAGAUGGAGUUCCAACAGACCGGUUAGAAGAUAUUGAUGAAGAUGAUGAGUAUGUUGAUUCGGAUGACGAUACAGGAAUUGAUUUACAUGAACGGGUAAAGGAUUUGAACCUUGAAGAUGCUGACGCUAUAUGGGAUGUUUUAACUGAGGAUGAACGAAAUGAAUUUGAAGCAUUAAUGCAGGGGGAGGUUGGUUCAAUUCUAUCGCAAUGGAUACCAUGGUGGACAUUUAAUAAAGAAACAAAGCUAGUAGAAGAAGUUCAACAAACAAAUGAUAUAGAAGAACACCUAAAAAAAUGUCCGUGUCUAAAGAUUGUCCCAAAGUUUAGUUCAAUAACUAAUGUCAAGCCAGCAACAGCUAUCAAAUUUAAUAUUAGCAAUGUUUUGGCUUCAUAUGCAUUCAUCAUGAGGUAUUUCAACGGAGAGGUUGAACCAGUUGAAGCUGUAACACACCUGUUGGACAUCUGCACAAAUCUUAGCACUAAUACAAAUUUUAAUGACUUACCUACUGCUGUAGAAUCAGUUGCACAGAGAUGUCUUCAGAGCGAACUUAUAGAAACAGAUGAAAGCUGCACUCUC